AUGACUACGAAAGAACAGACUAUCUUGGAGUUGAAGUCUAAAGGAAAUGCGUACUUUGUCGAAAAGAACUACAACGAGGCGGUGAAGGCCUACAGUGAUGCUCUCGCACUCGACGAUUCCAACGCCGUUCUCUUCUGCAACCGCGCGGCAUCAUAUCUUGGUCUUGAGCAGUUUGGACGAGCUGCCCAAGACGCUACGAGAGCCACGGAACUCGACCCGAAGUACACGAAGGCGUGGUCGCGCCUUGCCUCUGCAUAUCAUGGGAUACAAGAGUACGGGAGGUCUGCAUCCGCAUGGAAACAGGCAAUAGCGAGCAUCCCGAGCCCAGGAACUGCGGCGAACGACAAGAUGAGGCGCGACUAUACGAACAAUCUCAAGGCAGAAGAGCGCCUCUCACGUACGCAUGAGAGAGGUGACAUUGCUUCGACCAUGCAGCCAAUCGAGAUACGUUACGUGGGUAAACUCUUGCCCUGGCAGCGAGCUCGGGCGAUGUUGCCGUGGCUCAAAGAGCAAAAUAUUGAAGAUAGUAGUGCCUACGUGAUUGCCGGGGCCGCAGAGGACUUGAGUGACGGACAUGAACUCCUAUCCAAGCAAAAGACUGGUGGAAUCCUGAUCACUGGUAUCAGAGGUGUACUGGAGUGCAUCACGAACGCCGUCAUUAUGGAUCAACGAUGCUUUGCGAUCCGCGAUCCACAGUUUCUUCAGAGCAUCGACAAGCAAAUCCUCCUCGAGCGCAACGAAACGCAUGUUCCGGAGAGCCUCCUGUCUGAACCGUCCACGUUUACGAACGAUAUACGAGAUUUACACGCAAAAGGAGGUCAUGAUGUCUCCCGUCUUGCAAUCACGACGGGCGUGCGGAUACUCAUCAUACGAGGCUUCCUCACAGCGGGCCUCACGGGCGACUACAGCGCCGGCGUCGACAUGUACCAAAAGGCUCUCGACAUCCUCGAGUGGGGACGCCAAGAAUGGGCCGACGUUCCGAAAGAGGAGCGCGGUGUUAUCUUCGAGGACACCUUCAUUCGCGGCGUACGGAGUCUCCAUCUAGAUGCAUACAUGAAGGCAUGGAAUCCAGACCAACCCUCUCCAAAGAUAACGCUGGAGGGCGUGCUCGAGCUAUCCACGGCACAGAUUGAAGAGACGCGCGCUCACCCUGUGGCGGAAGGGGCCACACCUGGGUUCAGGUUGGCCUUCGGUGACUAUAUCGAGGGCAACGCGCUUUCAGCCCAAGCCUUCUACUGGACCAAAGUUGUGACGGAGAACAAACCCAAAACCAGCGAAGAGCGCGCAAAAGCGCACGCGAACCUGAUCAAGGCAUCAAAGCUGUAUAGUCAAGCCGCGGACAAGUACCCGAAAGACGACGAAGAUCACUGCAUCCACAAGAAAUAUGCACUCGACCGCCUUUUUCUUGCUGGCGCCCCUCUGAGCAUCACGAUGCCCCUUCUCAAGAGCAUCCUGCGCGACUUGCCGCUCUGUCAAGCUAUAUGGCGAUGGAGCGCGAAUAACGCGCAGGGGAUGUAUGAUCAGUUCAAACAGCUGGAGGAGUUCAGGGACGCGGUGCAGGAGGCGAUGGAUGCCGGACACAUCCCGCCGAAUAGCGAGGGAGGUGUGUCGCCUCCGUGGGCUGAUCCUGUGACGGUAUUUGGGAAGGAGGCCAUGGUGCAGAGUCACUUCUAG